AUGCGACCCAACCAUCAUUCGUUUGGAGAUUUUUCAUCGAUUUCUUCCGCCGGUUCUUCUUUAUUUCCAACAACUUCCUCUAUUCCCCUACGAGACAACAACAACAACAACAGCAACCACUCUCAUUUACCUCCUUCUUCUUCUUCCUUUCAAACACACCAUGACACGAAUAAUACAACAACAAUAACAGCCAUACCAGCAGUUGAAAUAACCACACAUGGUUCCGAGGAUCAGCGUGCAACGGUCUAUUCAUCCAAUGCUUUACCAUCAUCAUCAGUGGUAUCAUUACCACAAGAAUCAUCAUCGUAUUAUUCUGUGAUGGAUCGAGUGGAAGAAAACCGCCGACAACAACAAUUAUUAUUAUUGAACACCACAUCCAAGCUUGAUUCAACAACCAACCUCCCAAAUUGCAAUCACCAACAUCAUGAAUCCCUUUCCUCUCCCCUCCACAUGUAUAACAAGAUAAUAUUUGAAGAUUCUGAAUAUUUAUAUCGGAAUGUAACACGAGAUGAUUUACCCUCAUUGAAGAAAUUACAACAAGAGUUAUUUCCUGUACAAUAUAACAAACAAUUUUAUUUGAAAUUAUUGGACAAGAGUAAAACAUACACUCUAUUGUCAUUCAGUAAGGAACACAACGAGCUUAUUGGAGUGUGUUCAUCGUCAAUUUUAACAGAGGAAAAACACGAUGGAGGAUUUUGGCAAAAUUUGUUUGGAUAUCCCGACAAGUAUAAUAUUUGUUACAUUAUGACUUUGGGAGUGAAGAAAAAUCAUCGAAGGAAGGGCCUGGCAAGUCGAAUGUUACAAAUAUUAGAGGAAGUUGUCUCUGCUGAACCUUAUUUCUGUACAAAACUGACCUUACAUUGUAAAGUGGACAAUGAAAGAGCUCUCUCCUUUUAUCGUCAAAAUGCAUUUUUCAUUAAGGAGAAAAUUGACGGGUAUUAUGAUUUUGGGUCACAUAUGGAGGCUGCUUUCAAGUUGGAGAAGAAUCUAUCCAUUGAAAAUGAACAUUUCAACAGCGAUGUAAAUUUUUUAGGGUUACCAUCGGCACUGUCUGGACUCCUUACUUCUGAGAGCAGGACAUCCAUAGCUGUGCCCAGAAGUAGUGGAUCCACUGGAAGUUUUAAUGAAGUGACACCUGUAACAAGGACGAAUUAUAACAACAGCAGCAGCAGUAAUAGUAGUGGGAGUUCUUCACUGGGGUGUCUUUCUCUAACGAUACAACUUUGGAGGUUUUUUAUGGAUUCUCUAAAAAUUUUUACUAAGGAUUCUCUCACCAUGUUGAGCACUUCUGUGGUGACAAAUUCAAGCCAGCAACACUUGGCACAAUCAGCUCUUAACAACCCUUCAUCGCCAGGAGGUGGGAGUUUGCCAAAUCCAAGACCUCGAAUUGUUUUACAAAUUCAGGAGCAAGAGUGUGAAUAG